UUUAUAAUACUCCUCCAUCUCUUUUUCUCUCUCUCUCUAAAAACCUCAUCCAAACAACUCCCAAUACCCCCAUUUGCAUUUCAUUUUCCUACCCUCUUUCUCUCUCUAGAAAAUUCUUCAGAGCUAAAAUCAAUAAUGGCACAGAAGAGAGAGAAAGAGGAGACCGAGCUGAAGGUUCCAGAAUCCAUCCCUUUGUGUUCCCCAGCUCUACCAAUUUCUGCUCCGCCGCCGCACCUCUCAACCGCCGAUACGAAAAGGUCACCUGAGAUAUCAGAUCUGAAACUUUCUGCUAGCUCGCUGGAGAGAAUAGAUCUGAAACUUUCCACUAGCUCGCCGGAGAGAAUAGAUCUGAAACUCCCCGGCACCAACGAGUCGAGAUCUAGCUCUGAUAGCUCGCGCGAGAGCAUAGAUCCAAAACUUUCUAGCUCCGAUAGCUCGUCGGAGAUCUUAGAGAAACUUUCCGGCACGGACGAAUCGAGAUCUACUUCCGCUACAUCGCCGGAAAGUAUGGAUCUGGUCGGUCGAAAGGCGGCGGUGAAGAGGCCGAGGGAAGCUAAUAGGUGUUGUGGAUUAGGUUGCCGGAGGAAGGUCGGAUUGAUGCCAUUCCGGUGCCGGUGCGGGGAAGUAUUUUGCUCGGAGCAUAGGUAUUCCGAUCGGCAUGACUGUAGUUAUGAUUACAAGGCAGCUGGUCGUGAAGCGAUUGCUAAGGAGAAUCCAGUUGUGAAAGCUGCUAAAAUUCUCAAAGUUUAAAUUGGAAAAUUUGAAGAUUUUUCCCGAAGUUUUGGGUU